AAUGAAUAAGGAUGGUAAAGGUGAAAUUGAUGUGGAUAAUAUAAUUGAAAGGUUGCUAAGUGUAAGAGGAAGUAAGCCAGGAAAGAAUGUGAAUCUAAGUGAAGCUGAAGUAAGAGGUCUUUGCAUCAAAGCAAGAGAUAUUUUCAUAUCUCAACCUAUUUUAUUAGAAUUGGAAGCUCCUUUAAAAAUAUGCGGUAGAUAUCUAAUCAUUUAUUUAUUUAGGAGAUGUACAUGGAUAAUAUUUUGAUUUAUUGAGACUUUUUGAAUACGGAGGGUAUCCACCUGAAAGCAAUUAUUUAUUCUUAGGUGAUUAUGUAGAUAGAGGUUUAAAUUAAUUUUAAUUUUAGGCAAAUAAUCAUUGGAGACUAUAUGUUUAUUAUUAGCAUAUAAGAUUAAGUAUCCUGAAAACUUCUUUCUUUUGAGGGGUAAUCAUGAAUGUGCAUCAAUAAAUAGAAUCUAUGGAUUUUAUGAUGAAUGUAAAAAAUUAUCGAUUAAUAGGCAAAAGAAGAUACACAAUUAAAUUAUGGAAAACAUUUACAGAUUGUUUUAAUUGUCUACCUGUUGCAGCAUUGAUAGAUGAAAAAAUCUUAUGUAUGCAUGGAGGAUUAUCACCUGAACUUUCAAAUUUGGAAUAAAUAAGACGAAUAAUGAGACCAACAGAUGUGCCAGACACUGGAUUAUUGUGUGAUUUAUUAUGGUCAGAUCCUGAUAAAGAUGUGUAAGGUUGGGCAGACAAUGAGAGAGGUGUAUCAUAUGUAUUCAGUUAAGAAAUUGUCCAAGUGUUCUUAAAAAAACAUGAAUUAGAUCUAAUAUGUAGAGCUCAUUAAGUAUUAAAAUUAAAUUAAUUAUUCUUAGGUUGUAGAAGAUGGAUAUGAAUUCUUUUCAAAAAGAUAAUUAGUCACUUUAUUUUCAGCACCAAACUAUUGUGGAGAAUUUGAUAAUGCUGGUAUUAUGAUAAUUCUAUAAAAUUAUAGGUUCUAUGAUGUCAAUUGAUGAAUCCUUAAUGUGUUCUUUCUAAAUUCUAAAGCCAGCUGAAUAAGGUUAGGGAGCAGCUUAAUAACAUAAAACUGGUAAUGCCAAGUUUGUAAAUUGA